AUGUCUGAAGAUGGGGAUGAUGACCGUGAUGACAUUCUGCCACCACCACCGUUGAUAAGAGAGUUGGGCCGCCGCAAGAGAAGUCAUCCGCUAUGCAUUGUGUUGCCCACGAUUAAUCAAAAUGCUGAAAUCAAGUCUGACUUCAUUCAAGUUCUUCCAAAAUUCAGCAACUCGCUUGGAGAGAGUGCACAUAAACAUCUUGCUGAAUUUGAUUUAGUUUGCACUACUUUACGCCCUCAAGGUUUUCCUGAAGAUCAUGUAAGAUUACUAACUUUUCCUCAUACAUUGCAGGGUAGAGCUCGAGAUUGGUUGUUUGAUCUAUCACCUGGAUCAAUCAGAACUUGGAACGACUUAGAGGAGCAGUUCUUGCGUAAAUUCUUUUCAGAAUCAAAGGCUGCAAAUCUAAGAAUAGCUAUUAGUAGCAUCAAGCAAAGGCAACAAGAGUGUUUGUCUGAUUAUUGGGAGAGAUUUCAACAAUUAUGUCAUAGAUGUCCUAACCACGGAUUUUCUGAUUAUCAGUUGCUCAUUAAUUAUUUUUAUCGUGGUAUGUCUUCUUUUGACAGGAGGAUUGUUGAUGCUGCUUGUGGAGGAAGUUUGACCAACAAGACCUUAGAUGAAGCAAAACAAUUGAUUUUUGAUAUGGUCACCAAUGGUCAACAAUAUGAGGAUAAGGAUGAUGAUAGGUACAGGCCGGUCAACAGAGCAGAAGAUGUAUGUGUGAAUGAGAAACUCGAUGCUCUAACUUCCUUAGUUAGAGGUCUGGUUGGAGCUCAAAUUCAGAAGGAUAAUCAUCCAAAUUUCAGCUGGAAUCAUUCGCCUGAAUUUUUCACCAGCGCACAGCCGCAGGCUAGGCGGUAUGCCCAUACCGACCGCCCAGAGCCCAGUAUGAGCGAUAUUCUUCAGAGUCUGGCACAGAGCAGCCAGAUUGUUAACAAUUUGGUGCAAAGUCAGCAAGCUUUUCAGCAAGAGACGCAAGCUGCGUUGGGUAGUAUGGGCACACAGGUCACUCUGCUCACCACUCAAGUGAACAAGUUGCAAGCAAAUCUUGGAAAACUUCCAUCUCAAGAAGAAGUACAUUCCAAGGAGUAUGUUUAUGCUAUGAAUUUAAUGAGUGAGGAAGAUUUCUUUGAUCCAAAGCCCAUGGAAGAUAAAAAGGAGAAGAAAGAGCAAGAAAGUGCUAACCCUUUUCCGCAUAAAGUCUAUUCCCUAAUGUUCUAA